UGUUAAAUACGAACCGCGAAGCGAAAUGUGGUGACUCGUAGUGGAAGACGAUCUGGGCUUUGAUCCGAGGCAACCUGGGUGACAUCGGUGGCCGACUCAGGCUAGUCGCUCAGUCGAUCCAGUUGAAAGGACUUGUGUUCCUUGUCCUCUGGUUCUACAUAGCAUAUACCAUCAUACAGUUCCUCUAAACCCAGUGAGAUAAUAUGGAAGAACUCAAUAAGGAACAGAUCACCAUUUUAAAGAAAGCCUUCGAGGCCUUCGACCAUGAGAAGAAGGGAUGCAUCGGCACCGUCAUGGUGGGCACCAUCCUGGGCAUGCUCGGACACCAGGUCACAGACGAGACCCUGAAAGAAAUCAUCGAGGAAGUUGAUGAAGACGGUUCGGGGGAGCUGGAGUUUGAAGAGUUCGUGACGCUGGCUUCAAGGUUUAUGGUGGAGGAGGACGCUGAGGCCAUGCAACAAGAACUGAAAGAGGCAUUCCGGUUAUACGAUAAGGAAGGUAACGGCUACAUCACAACAGGAGUACUCAGAGAAAUACUGAGGGAGCUGGAUGACAAGAUCAGCGCGGAGGAGCUCGACAUGAUGAUUGAGGAGAUUGACUCCGAUGGCUCCGGCACUGUUGACUUUGAUGAAUUCAUGGAGGUCAUGACGGGAGGUGACGACUAAAUUUCAAAAUUCCUGUGAUCUUAUUUUAAUUUUAAAUCAAACAAAUUUCCCUAUACUUUAAAUUAUACCUAUUUAUAAUUAUGAAAACCAUUACUUGUAUAACAUUUUAUUAAGUUAUUUAAUAUUUAUAUAAUAAAGUAUUCUAAGCAA